AUCUUGGGAGACUAUCCGUUCAUCCAAACGCGGUUAAAUCUCGACGAGCUCCAGGAAGGACAGGAGAAAACACAAGGCUAGUUGGUCCUUCAGAGAUUGUUUAUUGAUAGCGAGUUCAACCUUAAAGGAGAAAGAUGUGGAAGUCUGUUGUUCCAAUUUUUGCGGCUAUUUUCGCCGUUGGGCUGUGCGGCACGCCUGGGGGAUGGCAAGACGUCGACACCCAACAAGAGGAUUUCGUGAAUGCGCUGAAUUACGCCGUCGCCCAACACAACAGAGACAACCAAGGUGAUACAUCCCUCCACAAGGUGGUUGAAAUCGUCUCCGCACAGUUUCAGGUGGUCGCAGGAGCUAACUACAAGAUCGUUGUGAAAUUGGGACGGACAAACUGCCGGAAAGGCGAACCAACCACCGACUGUACUGUCUAUGUGCACCCAACUAAGGCUCGGAUUUACCAGUGCACAUUCAAAGUGUGGAGCUGCCCAUGGCUCAAUAACAUUCAGGUCACGGAAAAGAAGUGCUUGGAACCUCAGCUUAACUAACCGUGAAAGAAAUGCUACUUUUAACAGUGUAAACAUCUUUCCAUCCUCUAUGUGAUGAAGUCCACUGUUUUCACAACUACGAAAGAUGUAAUGCAACAUAAAGUUGAUAAGUUACCAGAAUAAAAUUGUGUAAUGACUUGGUUAAAAAAAAUACAAAUUAAAGAAAUAAAGUAAAUUUGACAUAUCAAAA